GCUUUGGUAGCACAGGAGAAGCUAUGUUCGUCGUGCUUCCAUGGCGGCCCCAUUUUGGAGUAGUGAAAGAGAGGGAGAGCAUCUGAAAGAAGCAUUAUUAAUGCAAAAACAAAGCAAAGGGGAUGCAAUCAGAAUGAUCCAUCAUCUACCCAUCACCCCAUUUACUUCACACCCACUGAAAAAUCAGUGAAGAAGCCGACAAUUCAACCACAUAAUUCCAAUCAUCCCAUGUGGGUUUCCCCUAUUUCCCCUCUAUAUCGCUCUAUCUUCUUCUUCUUCUUCUUCUUCUUCCCCCUCUCCUCAUAUUCUUCCCCGCUUUCUUUUCAUCUGUCACUUUCCGAUGUGGGAAUCCGAGAAUCAUUCUGUUGGUUUUGGUGCUGGAGAUUACGGCAAUGGCGUCCCCCCUUCCGCCAAACACGCCCUCAACACUCACGGCUUCGACCUCAGAGGCAACUCAUGGCAUGUUGCUACUGAUAUCCCUAGUGACCUUUUAGUAAAAGUUGAGGGUGUGAAUUUCCAUUUGCAUAAGUAUCCUCUUCUUUCUAGAAGUGGGAAGAUGAACAGAUGCAUAUAUGAAUCCAGAGGCCCAGAUUUGAAUAAUAACCUUGUUUUUGAUGAUCUUCCUGGUGGGUCUGAGGCCUUUGAACUUGCAGCCAAAUUUUGUUAUGGACUAGCGGUUGAUUUAACAGCAGCUAAUAUCUCUGGCCUUAGAUGUGCUGCUGAGUAUCUUGAAAUGACUGAGGAUUUGGAGGAAGGCAAUUUGAUAUUCAAAACUGAAGCGUUUUUGAGCUAUGUGGUACUGUCUUCAUGGAGGGAUUCCAUAGUUGUGUUGAAAAGCUGUGAGAAGCUCUCGCCAUGGGCUGAGAAUCUACAAAUCAUUCGACGAUGCAGCGAGUCGAUUGCUUGGAAAGCUUGUGCGAAUCCGAAAGGAAUUAGAUGGGCAUACACUGGGAAACCCACCAAAGUUUGUAGUCCCAAAUGGAAUGAUUUGAAGGAUUCAAGUCCUAGUAGGAAUCAUCAGCUUGUUCCUCCUGAUUGGUGGUUUGAGGAUGUUUCAAUCCUUAGAAUUGAUCACUUUGUUAGAGUAAUCACAGCAAUCAAAGUGAAGGGUAUGAGGUUUGAAGUGAUUGGAUCAUCAAUUAUGCAUUAUUCUUCGAAAUGGCUUCCCGGUUCGGUAACUGAUACGACGAACGCCAGUGAUGAAGGGAGUACCAGUGCGACGAGUCACACGAGCGGUGGCAGCAACAGUUGGAGAGGCGGGAUCCAUAUGAUUGUGGCUGGCAACAAGGAAGAUCACUCGACGAUUCAGGCAAAAGAUGAACGAAUGAUCAUCGAGAGCUUGAUCAGCAUCAUUCCUCCACAGAAAGAUUGUGUCUCAUGCAGCUUCCUGCUAAAGCUGCUUAGAAUGGCAAACAUGUUGAAAGUUUCGCCGGCAUUGGUCACUGAGUUGGAGAAAAGAGUUGGAAUGCAGUUUGAGCAAGCCACACUUGUGGAUCUUUUGAUACCAUCUUACAGCAAGAGCGAUACAACGUAUGAUGUUGAUCUUAUUCAGAGGCUGCUGGAGCAUUUUCUUGUUCAGGAACAGACCGAGAUUUCGAGUCCAGGCCGACAAUCGUUUUCCGAUAAACAUAUGUAUGAUGGAUCUCAAAGGGGUGUGAUCCAAAAUGCCAAGAUGAGGGUGGCAAGGCUUGUUGAUAGUUACCUAACAGAGGUAGCCAGAGACAGAAACCUUUCCUUGACAAAAUUUCAAGUACUGGCUGAAGCUCUGCCCGAAUCUGCUCGAACAUGCGACGACGGGCUUUACCGAGCUAUUGACUCAUAUCUUAAGGCGCACCCUACGCUCACUGAGCACGAGAGGAAGCGGCUAUGCCGAGUAAUGGAUUGCCAGAAGCUCUCCAUUGAUGCCUGUAUGCACGCAGCACAAAACGAAAGGCUCCCGUUACGUGUGGUGGUUCAGGUCCUCUUCUCCGAGCAAGUAAAGAUAAGCAAUGCAGUUUCGAACUCGUCGCUUAAAGAAGCAAGCGACUCGCAAUUCCAACUGCCUGUAAUGAACCGUAAAACACUCCUGGAAGCCACACCACAGUCAUUCCAAGAAGGGUGGGCAGCGGCGAAUAAGGACAUUAACACACUGAAAUUUGAGCUUGAGACUGUGAAGAACAAGUAUGUUGAGCUUCAAACUGAAAUGGAGAAGUUGCAGAGGCAGUUUGAGAAGGUGAACAACAAGCAGAAGCAGAGCUCUGGUUGGAGCAGUGGGUGGAAGAAACUGAGCAAACUGACUACUAAGAUUUCAACUUUGGAAACCACAGAAAAUGAAUCCCACCAUCCAACCAUUGAAGAACACACUAAAAAAGUACACAGAAGAUGGAGAAAUUCAAUAUCAUGACAUAUAAACAUCAGGAAAGAGAAGAACAGAACAGUUUCCCACAUUUGUUAUUGUUUCUUUUCACUUCGAGUGAGUUUUGUGCCAUUGUUUCAAGUCCACUAAAGCCUCCUGUUCUAGACAUGUCUGUUUGAGACAUAUGACCAAAUGUGUGGAUAGAUGAAGGAAACAUACCUGCAUCUUUUUGGUGUUGAAACGAGCAGAAUGUGGGAAUUUGACCUCUUAAUUGAGGCCAUACGCUUUAACCCGUUGAGUUGUGCUAUAAAUUUUUUUGUUGGA